AUGGCUCGCUCGAUCGAUCUCCAUCUUCCGGCUUAUCACCAGCCUCGUCAACGGCGCUCCAUUUUCCUCCCUUUCUGUCGUUUCGGAGGCGUUGGCCUAUUUCUCGCCAGCGCCGCUGUCUUUGGCAUCCUCUUCCAUGUCCUUGUCUUUGGCUUUCUCAAUCUAUACUAUGGGCCAGGGGAACCUCCCUACAAUCGGUGGCGCGAACCUCCUUCAACAUUCGACCUCCAUCCAGAUGCCGCUCUGCUACAUUCCCCGAAUCAACCGCUGUCCUCAACCUCCGCGCUCCCGUCAUCGACCUCCGCCCCUCCGCCAUCAACCACCCCCGUCCCGUCAUCAACCAGUGCCCUCCCGUCAUCAACGCCAACGCCAUCCCCGGAUAAUUCUGAUGAACUCACUAUGGAUGAAUUGAGAGAUAUGGUAUCGAGCACAAAGGGCUUUCUGGCGCGUGAUUAUAGCUUGGGCCUCGGAUGGAACAACAUUCGAUACAUCAUCGAGUCCGCAGCUAUCCAAUCGAAGAUCCUAAACCGUACCCUCAUUCUUCCGUCCUUCAUUUACGCUCGCGCUUGCGAAUACAACAUCACCGUCUGUGCAGAAUUUGCACCAAUGGUCAACAAGGGCGAUGCAAUCGGGUGGGAUGAAUGGCGUCACCUACCAAUUGAGGAUCAAAUGGCAUUCCGAAUCCCUAUCGAUCUCAUGAUGAACAUUACUCUCCUCCGACAGUCACAGCCCGUCAUUACCGUCUCCGACUACCUCCGCCUACAUAACAUGACGUCCGAGGACGAACAUAGCAACGGAGCUUGGCAGCGCGAACGGUAUCAUACGAAACCAGCCAUUUUUGACGCGGAGGAAAGGCUUCCAUCCCUGUAUGUCAUUCGAAAUUCGUGGUAUGAUCCAAAGGGGACAGUGAGAGUGGAUUAUCUACCAGAGGAGAUGAAGGAGCGAGGAGGAUGGCAUCGAGACGCGGUUGGUAGUGACGAAACUGGUCCCACUGGUCGCUGGCUGGACCAGCCGACCAACCCGGUGUCAGACAUCCUGCACAGUGCGCUGAAGGAAGGCGAAGUGAUACUCAGUUGGGACGACGCCUGCGAAGCCCUGGAAAAUGGGUUAGGAACAUUACUUUCGAGUUUUGACUGCAAUGAGGGGAUGGAAGAUCAAUUGACUGAGGCAGGAUGGGAGGUCCUAUAUACUUUCCGGGGCGCAGGCGGUAUGGAUUACACAAAGACAGUCGUCGAGCCUAUUCGUCAAGUCGUACCGCGCUACACACUCCGAGGUUUCAAGGAAGAUUAUGGGGACCUUGACGCCGACGUACUUUUGAUUGAAGGAGAGAUCCAUCUAGGUCGUAAACCCGGAGGUCUUCAGUUCACCACCACCGAAGCGAGCCGAGAACUUGCCCGAAGCGUCUUGAACUAUCUGCGACCUCCGGACGUGGUUUACUUGUUAGCUGAGGCUCUCGACUCACGACUGCAGGAGCUGACUGAAGGACGUAUGUGGAUAGGCUCGCACAUGCGUCGAGGAGAUUUCGUUCGCCUUGGAUGGGCCAUGUCGGGAUCACCGGAGGCACAUGUUCAGCGAGUGAAGGAACAUCUAGCUGAUGGUAGAAGGUUACUAUCCUCCUUGGGAGAGCUUCAAGCCUACGACAUCCCCGAACCACUUCGCGACACCAAGCAGAACUCGACAAGACCUCCCGCAGAAGACGAUCCAUUCUAUGUGGCCACUGAUGAGCGCGACCCGGACAGCUUGGCCAUCAUCGCCUCCAACGGCGCCAUAUUCCUCAACGACCUCCUCACAAUCGACGACAGACGGAUAUAUGGCUGGCCACUUAUGAUCACGGAUGUGCGGGCUCUCGUUGAGCAAGCGCUUCUUGCUCGUUCCUCCUACUUUUACGCGCAUGCUAUGAGUUCCGUGGCUGGUGGGAUCGUGAACAUGCGUGCGGCGCGGGGCGCUGAUCCUCGGACAGUUUUAUUAGAUUAG